AUGGCUCGGAUCAGAUGGAGCUUCCUCCUACUCGCUGCCUGUGCACUUUUGUCACCAGCGCUCGCUGCCUCCGAAAAGGGCAGACUGAGAAGGAUCACGUACGUCCUACAGCCCGGCCGGGGGAGCUCCUCCGGCAGCCGGCAUCAGCACCCGACCCUCCUCGGGGGGGAGCAGCAGCAGCGCACGUUUAACGUACAGCUGAACACGCGCUACGGCGGCGGCACCCUAGAGCGGACCCGGCGGAUGAGCAAGUCGGGCGGCGCCGGCGCCCAGCUCCGCUUGGGCCCCGCCGGGCAGGUCCCCUCCAACUCCGCCGCUCACGUCUCCUCUAUCGCCAAGCCGGCCCGCUUCGGCCCGAGGCCCAAGUUACCGCCGGGCUCCCACGGCAACGGCAGUGCCGGCCUGCCCCUCCGCCAGAAGCACCAGUUGCCGCCGCUGCCGGGGGUCAAUGUCUGUGGGGGGCAGUGCUGCCACGGCUGGAGCAAGGCCACGGGAUCCCAGAGGUGCAUCAAACCUAACUGUGCACCACCGUGCCAAAAUGGAGGGAUGUGCCUGCGACCUCAGCUUUGUGUGUGUAAACCAGGAACAAAAGGUAAUUCCUGUGAGGAUACAGUCAUGCAAGACACGUCUUCCACUGGAGGCCGGAGCCCUGUUGUUCCCCCGUGGCCCAUACCCCAGCAGGCAGUCAAGCAGACCUUCUCCCAAAAGGUUCCACCAAAGGUUGGCCCUAUGACUCAGAUGGCAUUCACCAUCAAGCAGAAGCCUCCUGUUGGGUUACCUCAGCAAAUGCAACCACAGAUGAUACCCCUUUCAUCACAGACACUAAUGAUGAAUCUUCAUCAUGGCCAAACACAGGAAUAUGUGAUCAAACCCAAAUAUUAUCCAGUGAAAAAAGUGAUUUCAGGAGAACAGUCCACUGAGGGCACAUUACCACUGAGACUGGGCCAGGAUCAACUUGUAUCACCUUUUCAGUUGGGAAAUCACACUGGUCGCAUUAAGGUGGUCUUUACACCCAGCAUCUGUAAAGUAACUUGUACCAAAGGCAACUGUCAGAACAACUGUGAGAAGGGAAAUACCACCACCCUCAUUAGUGAAAACGGCCAUGCUGCUGACACUCUGACAGCCACUAACUUCCGAGUAGUUAUUUGCCACCUUCCAUGCAUGAAUGGAGGCCAGUGCAGUUCUAGAGAUAAAUGCCAGUGUCCUCCUAAUUACACUGGUAAACUUUGUCAGAUUCCUGUGCAGACUGCCAAUGCUCCAAAACUGCACCAUCACCCACAGCAGGUGAACAAGGCUGCAGGAUCACAGAUUAUCCAUUCUACUCAUACUUUACCACUGACGAUGUCUGGACAGCAAGGGGUAAAAGUGAAAUUUCCUCCUAACAUAGUGAAUAUCCAUGUGAAACAUCCCCCUGAAGCCUCAGUUCAGAUCCAUCAAGUUUCAAGAAUUGACAGCACAUCAACAGGACAAAAAGCAAAAGUACCUCAGCCAGCACAACCACAGGUCUCUUACCAAGGUCUUCCGUAUCAGAAGACCCAGAAAGGACAUACUACUUACACAAACCAACAACCCAUUCCUCAUAUGUUUCCUGUUUCAGUUAAAACUCAGCUUGGGCGUUGCUUCCAAGAGACUGUUGGGACACAGUGUGGCAAAGCACUUCCUGGCCUUUCCAAGCAAGAAGACUGCUGUGGAACCGUGGGUACUUCAUGGGGUUUUAACAAAUGUCAGAAGUGUCCCAAGAAGCCAUCUUAUCAUGGAUACAGUACUGUGAUGGAAUGCCUACAAGGCUACAAGAGGAUCAAUGCUACAUUUUGUCAAGAUAUCAAUGAGUGUCAGUUACAGGGUGUAUGCCCUAAUGGCGAGUGCUUGAAUACCAUGGGCAGCUAUAGGUGUACCUGCAAAAUGGGAUUUGUGCCAGAUCCUACCCUCUCAAGAUGCAUACCUGAUAAUCCUAUAGUUGCUGAAGAGAAAGGACCGUGCUACCGGUUUGUUAGUGCUGGAAAGCAAUGCAUGCAUCCUCUUUCUGUUCAGCUCAGCAAGCAGCUUUGCUGUUGCAGUGUUGGCAAAGCCUGGGGUCCACACUGUGAGAAGUGUCCGCCUCCAGGGACAGCUGCUUUUAAGGAAAUCUGCCCUGGUGGAAUGGGUUAUACGGUUUCUGGCCCUCACAGAAACAAGCUUUAUCAUCACCCUGCAGUUAGAGUACAGCCACCUGUCAUUGGCAAGACCCCGAUUACUCAACCUGUUGCUAAAGGUACUUCUCCUCCACCUCUCCCAGCAAAGGAAGAGCCAGUGGAGGCACUAACCUUCUCACAGAAAAGUGAGACUGACACGGCUGUGCAAGAAGUGUCAACUGCAGCCCCUGAUCAGGAACUGGCUUCCUUUGAUCAAGAAAAGCAGCCUAAUCUAGAGCCUGGGCAGCCUCAGCUUUCACCCGGAAUUUCAACAAUUAACCUCCAUCCACAGUUUCCAGUAGUGAUUGAGAAAACAUCUCCUCCUCUGCCUGUUGAAGUUGCUCCUGAAGUCUCUACUUCAAGUGCCAGUCAAGUAAUUGCACCUACUCAAGUUACAGAAAUCAACGAAUGUACAGUUAAUCCUGAUAUCUGUGGAGCAGGACACUGUGUUAAUUUGCCUGUGGGAUACACUUGCAUCUGCUAUGAGGGGUACAAACUCAAUGAUCAGCAGACAAAGUGCUAUGAUAUUAAUGAGUGUAAUCAGGCACCCCAUCUCUGUUCCCUUGGACGCUGUGAAAAUACAGAAGGAAGUUUCCUAUGUAUUUGCCAAGCUGGGUUCAUGGCCAGUGAAGAUGGAACCGACUGUGUUGAUUUUAAUGAAUGCUCAAGACCUCAUACUUGUGGGGAAGGCUUUUGUGUAAAUACUGUUGGGUCAUACAGAUGUGAAUAUUGCGAUAGUGGAUACCAAAUGAACAGGAGAGGUGAAUGUGAAGACAUUGAUGAAUGCCUGACUCCAACUACUUGUCCAGAUGCACAGUGCAUUAACGCUCCUGGCUCUUACCAGUGCAUUCCUUGCAGAGUGGGGUUCAGAGGCUGGAAUGGACAGUGCCAUGACAUAGAUGAAUGUCAGUAUGGCAAUCUCUGUACAAACGGACAUUGUGAAAACAUGGAGGGGUCUUUCAGAUGUAUUUGUGGCCAAGGUUUCAAACUCUCUGCAUCAGAGAAUCAGUGUGAAGAUAUAGACGAAUGCCAGCACCGAUCACUCUGUACGAAUGGACGCUGCAGGAACACAGAAGGAUCUUUCAGAUGUAUUUGUAGCCAAGGCUACAUAAUAUCAUCUAGUGGAGAUCAGUGUGAAGAUGUUGAUGAAUGCAUUCAGCACAGUGAUAUUUGCCAUAGAGGAAACUGCAUGAAUACUGAUGGGUCUUACAAGUGCACUUGUCCAGAUGGUUUCCAGCAGAUAGCAAACAGGGGAUGUCAAGAUAUCAAUGAAUGUGAGAGAUCUGACCUCUGUUCACCACAUGGGGAGUGUCUAAACACGGAUGGUUCCUACCAGUGCAUCUGUGAGCGGGGAUUUUCUGUGUCUACAGAUGGCCGAACAUGUGAAGAUGCUGAUGAAUGUGCCAAUGGCACAGUAUGUGGCAAUCAUGGGUUCUGUGAAAACAUGGAUGGCUCUUACCGCUGCCUCUGUUACCAAGGGUAUCAGGACACACAGGAUGGGCAAGGUUGUACAGAUGUGAAUGAAUGUGAAAUGCUGAGUGGAGUAUGUGGUGAAGCUCUCUGUGAAAAUGUCGAUGGUUCUUUCCUGUGCCUGUGCUCUGAUGAGAACCAGGAAUAUGAUCCAAUGACCGGACAGUGUCGCUUCCGUACCUCACCAGAAUUGCCAGUCGAGGCUGAUCAACAUGAAGAUGGAAAGAAGGAGUGCUACUACAAUCUGAAUGACGCGAAUUUCUGUGACAAUGUGCUUACAUCUAACGUAACCAAACAAGAAUGCUGCUGUACGUUGGGUGCUGGCUGGGGUGAUAACUGUGAAAUUUUCCCAUGCCCCAUCUUUGGAACUGCUGAAUUUGCUGAUUUGUGUCCUGAAGGAAAAGGUUUCAUUCCCUCUGGAGAAUCAUCUUAUGGGCUUCUUGCUCAGAAUUACAAAGAUGCUGAUGAAUGCCAACUCUUUGGACAAGAAAUCUGUAAAAAUGGCUUCUGUUUGAAUACACAGCCAGGUUACGAAUGCUACUGCAAACAAGGCACAUACUAUGACCCGGUUAAGCUCCAGUGCUUUGACAUGGAUGAAUGUCAGGACCCAAACAGCUGUCUUGAUGGCCAGUGCAUUAAUACAGAAGGAUCUUACAACUGUUUCUGUACACACCCAAUGGUUCUGGACACAACAGAAAAGCGAUGCAUCAGACCAGCAGAUUCAAGUGAACAAACUGAAGAAACUGAGGUCUACCAGGAUCUUUGCUGGCAGCAUCUAAGUGAUGAUUUCGUUUGUAGUCGACCUCUGGUUGGAAAGCAGACUACAUAUACUGAAUGCUGUUGCCUGUAUGGUGAAGCCUGGGGCAUGCAGUGUGCACUGUGUCCUAUGAAGGAGUCAGAGGAUUAUGCCCAGCUGUGCAACAUUCCUGUUCCAGGAUCUCGACGGCCAUAUGGACAAGAUGCUUUGGUUGACCUUGAUGAGCACUACACUCCAGAAACUAAUCCUUACUUUGCUGAAGACCGUUUUCUGAACAGCUUUGAAGAGUUACAAGCAGAAGAAUGUGGUAUUCUGAAUGGAUGUGAAAAUGGCCGCUGUGUAAGAGUCCAGGAAGGCUACACCUGUGACUGCUUUGAUGGUUAUCACUUGGACAUGGCCAAAAUGACUUGUGUCGAUGUGAACGAGUGCAAUGAGUUGAACAACAGGAUGUCUCUCUGCAAGAAUGCCAAAUGCAUUAAUACAGAAGGUUCAUACAAAUGUUUGUGUCUCCCGGGGUAUGUACCUUCAGAUAAGCCAAACUACUGCACACCACUGAACUCAGAACUAGACAGUGAACUGGAGUAG